GAAGUGAGGAGGGGUCAGCCUGUCCGUCCAUCUUUCCACGAAUUGGUGGGGGAUGGCUUGGUUUUAGGGGGUCUGGGGGUUGCGUGCGGCCCAGUGUGCGCGUUCCCGGUGGCGCAGGGUGUGGAACGAGCGUUGGCCAGAUAACAAAAUGAGUUCCAUGCUGACCCACAUUAUCCGAAACCUCCCUGCUUCCUCGGCAUGGGCUGCCCGCGGCUUUGUGCGAUCGCUCAGUUGCUCUUUACAGUUACAAGCCGCAGCAGUUCAGCCAAAGAGUAAGAAGACCUUAGCCAAAAGCGGUGUGAAGAAUAUCGUUGUGGUAGAGGGUGUCCGUAUCCCAUUUCUGCAGUCUGGCACCUCGUAUGCAGAUCUUAUGCCACAUGACUUGGCAAGAGCAGCACUGCAGGGGCUGCUGAACCGGACCAGCGUCCCGAGGGAUGUUGUCGAUUACAUCGUUUAUGGCACUGUUAUCCAGGAGGUGAAAACCAGCAAUGUUGCCAGAGAGGCCGCUUUGGGAGCGGGUUUCUCUGACAAGACUCCAGCCCAUACAGUCACUAUGGCUUGCAUUUCUUCAAACCAGGCUAUGACCACAGGUGUGGGCAUGAUUGCGGCUGGGCAGUGCGAUGUUGUCGUAGCAGGAGGCGUGGAGCUCAUGUCUGAUGUUCCCAUUCGUCACAGCAGGAAGAUGAGGAAGACUAUGCUGACUCUUAACCGAGCCAAGACCUUGGGCCAAAAACUCUCCCUGAUUUCCAAAAUUCGCCCUGACUACUUUGCUCCUGAGCUCCCAGCUGUGGCGGAGUUCUCUACCAGCGAGACCAUGGGGCACUCUGCCGAUCGUCUGGCUGCUGCCUUUGCCAUCUCCCGUUUGGAGCAAGACGAGUAUGCCCUCCGCUCACACACGCUGGCCAAGAAAGCGCAGGAUGGAGGCUUACUGCUUGAUGUGGUACCCUUCAAAGUGCCAGGCAAAGACACGGUUACCAAAGAUAACGGGAUCCGUCCUUCCUCAAUGGAGCAGAUGGGCAAGCUGAAGCCGGCUUUUGUCAAGCCCUACGGAACUGUCACAGCUGCCAAUUCCUCCUUCCUGACAGAUGGUGCUUCGGCAAUUCUACUCAUGUCUGAGGAGAAGGCACUGGCGAUGGGAUACAAACCAAAAGCUUACCUAAGGGACUUUGUGUACGUGUCCCAGGAUCCAAAGGACCAGCUGCUGCUGGGUCCGACGUACGCUACUCCCAAAGUGCUGGAGAGGGCUGGUCUGACCAUGGCUGAUAUCGACGUGUUUGAAUUCCAUGAAGCUUUUGCUGGACAGAUCCUGGCUAACCUGAAAGCCAUGGAUUCGGACUGGUUUGCACAAAACUACAUGGGCAGAAAGUCAAAGGUUGGAGCCCCUCCUCUGGAGAAGUUCAAUACCUGGGGUGGCUCCCUCUCACUGGGACAUCCUUUCGGUGCCACUGGCUGCCGCCUAGUCAUCACUGCUGCCCAUAGAUUGAAGAAGGAGGGAGGACAAUAUGGCCUGGUUGCUGCCUGUGCUGCAGGAGGGCAGGGACACGCGAUGCUGGUGGAGCUUUACCCUCAGUAACAGAGAUGGGGCUGUGGAGUGGAGGUUCCUGUGUCCUGUGCCUGGCAAUGCCAUUUCAAUGCACUAAUAAAAACACACACGAUCCUUCUUGGAAAGGAUUUUUGGUGGCCUUUGUAAAUACCUUUUAGCUAGUCAACUGCUAAUUUUUAAUUAAUGAAUGCACUCAAGAAAUAUUCCACUGCCAGGGGACAAUAAAGUUAAUAUGGUCCUUGGUCUCUGUUUGUAACUGAUCAGACUUCUAUCCUCAGUAAGCAGGAUUUCUCCUGGAGCAGAACAAUUCCAAAGAUGUGUACAGAGGGUUAAGUUUGGAGACAAAGAGAAUGUAAAGCACUGGAGGUUGGUGGGCUGAGAUGCAAGUUGAAGUGUAGGGAGGAACAACCGUUCUUGGAAAUGGGUUUAUGCUGAGCUGGCUGGUAAGGAAUUCUGCUGCACGGUGUCCAAACAGCAUUGGAACUCCCAAAUUGCUGCUGACAAUGACUGUCCCUGCUGGGAGCCACAAUAAAACAGAAAAACAAAGUCUGUCAUUUCCUUUCUCACUUUUCCCCUGAAGAACACGGGGCUGAUCUCCGUGGCGUCUGGGACUGGAUUCUGUGGUGGCUGUGUGGUCUGGGGCGUCACCAGGGCUCUGCUUUCUGAAAUGGGGCAUGGCAGCUCUGGAAUCGGCCCGGAAUCCACUUUCAGCUCCAGAGCCUGAAGGAAUCCUCAGCAUCAUACAGGCUUUGGAGACAUUGUUGGUUGUUCCUGCUGCACUGUGGCACUCUGAUCACACACUGAGCUUCAGAAGUGGAGGCAGGGGAUGCCUACGCUGAAUGAAG